AUGUCAGAGGUAAAAGACCCAACGAUCAAGCUCUUCGGGAAGACGAUCCCGGUGUCGGAGAUUCUGAGGGGAUCCGCUGAAGCUCCGGCUUCGUCUUCCGACGACGUUGUUGAUGACAGUGUUGAACAGAGCCAUGCUUCUUCCUCCAACUCCUCGAGGGAGUCUCAUACGCGAGAGGAUGGUGUUGUUGACAAGGACUCACUGGGAGAAAAACCAGCUGAUGAUAAUAAGGAAGAUGGAGCCCCAACCCAAUCAUCGGAAGAGGUUAGCAAUCCAGAUACCACCUCUGGAACCUGUGAAGAAUCCAUUACUCUACCCAUCAACAAGGACACAACAACAUUAAAAACAUCAAAGACUGAAGAAGAACAAAGUGAGACAAGUAAAUCACAGGAUAAGAACCUCAAAAAGCCAGACAAAAUACUACCAUGUCCCCGCUGUAAUAGUAUGGACACCAAGUUCUGCUACUAUAAUAAUUACAAUGUCAACCAACCCCGUCAUUUCUGCAAGAAUUGCCAGAGAUACUGGACUGCUGGGGGGACUAUGAGGAACGUUCCUGUCGGUGCUGGUCGCAGGAAGAACAAGAGUUCUACUUCUCUCUACCGCCAGAUAACUGUUUCUGAAGUUGCACUCCAGAAUUCUCAAAUUGAUUUGACAAAUGGAGCAUAUCAUCCUUCCUUGAAAUGCAAUGGUACAGUCCUUACAUUUGGAUCUGAUCCACCCUUGUGUGAAUCAAUGUCAUCGGUUUUGAACCUUGCGGACAAAACCGUACACAAUUUUGCAAGAAAUGGAUUUCAUAAACCUGAAGAACUAAAAAUUCCUGUUCCACAUGCCAGUGGAGAAAAAGGGGAUGAUCAAUCCAAUAACUCUUCAGUUACCUCCACAAAGUCAGUGGAAGGUGCAAGCACCAAUGCAACCCAAGAACAAGCUACGCAGAACUGUCAUAGCUUCCCACCACAGGUUCCCUACUUUACUGGUACCUCUUGGCCUAUUCCAUGGAGUCCAGUGCAGUGGAGUUCUCCAGUACCACCACCUGCCUUUUGUCCCCCUGGAUUUACCAUGCCAUUCUAUCCUGCAGCAGCUUAUUGGGGUUGUGCUGUGUCAGGUGCAUGGAGCAUUCCAUGGAUAGCGCAACCAUCAUCACCACCGACGGGUGCAACAUCUAACUCUGGCCAUAACUCUCCAACCUUGGGGAAACAUUCAAGGGAAGACCACAUUCCCAAAUCAAAUGAAUCGGGUGGUGAUGAGGAUGGACAUAGCAAAGAAAAGUGUCUGUGGGUUCCAAAAACUCUAAGGAUUGAUGAUUCAGGAGAAGCAGCUAGAAGCACUAUAUGGACAACACUGGGGAUUAAAAAUGACAAGGUUGACUCAGUUCCUAGGGAAACACUCUUUAAAGGCUUCCCUUCAAAGCAUAAUGAGAAAAACCAUUCAAUGCAAGCCUCACCGGUCUUGCAAGCUAAUCCAGCUGCAUUGUCAAGGUCACUUAACUUUCAUGAGACCUCAUAA